UUAUUCAGUAAAUAUUUGUAUUUAGCAUAGUGAACAGUUAUAUAUCACGAGUGUAUACUUAAUUCUCACAAAGUGAGCACCAUCCAUACAAACACUACUCUUCUUAUGAAAUAGAAUUUUACCAGCAGUGUCAAACCCUCUUGGACCCUUGCCAGUCACCUUUUUCCUUCUUAUUCCACAAAAGAAUCUUCACAGAUGACUUUUGUCUGUUUUAAACUUUAUAUAAGCGUAACAGCUCAAGAUGUAUGCAGUAGUGUCUGAGUUCUUGUGCUAAUACUAUGUUUUUGAGUUCAUCCAUGGCAUUGCCUAUAGUAGGAAUUUCUUCCAGUUUAUUGUUGUAUAUUACUUAAUAGUAUUAGUAUGCAAUAUAUCUCUAUUCUACUUGUAAUGGGAAUUUGAGUUUCCAGGUUUGCUACAAGUAAUGCUAUUAUGACCACUUUGUGCAUGUUCUUUUGUGUGUGUAUGUGUGUUUCAUGGGGAAAUAUACUUAAGAGUAGAAUUACUAGAUCAGGAUUUGGUUAUGUUUAACUUUAGUAGUUAUGUCAGAGAGUAUUACACGGUUGUUAGAUUUGUUCUCCUACCAGCAGUGUGUUAGAGUUCCAGUAGUAGCACAUUCCCCUAAAAAUAUUUAUAUUAGUCUUUUUGUUUUAGCCAUUAUAGUGGAUGUUUAGUGAUAUCGAUAAGGUUUUUUCCUUGUGUAUUUUUUCUGGUGAUAUUUGAAUUAUUUGCUUAUCCAGAGCAUUCUGUGAGUUCAUGGUAAGAGUUAAGCAAAUCAUUUCAACGUCACCACAUAGCAAACCGUUGAUGGCUGGGUUUCAGUUUCCUUCCUAAAGGCAUUUUCUAAUCUGUUCUGCUAAGCUACAAGAUGACAGCUGCAGAGACUUCACAGAAAAUGUUAAAAAUAGACCUUACAUUCAGAGAUGGCUUGGAAGAGAGAGAAUCUGGUAAAACUCUGCAAAGAAAAUGCCUAGCACUUCUAUCUCCGGUAACUCCUCUCAAGGUUUAUUGCUGCUUGUUCAUCGCCGCAGUUCUGACCACAAGUGUGGUUGCGCUUUCCAUUGUUUUGUCAGUUUUAGCCAGGAAAGAAAAGCCUGUGAUAGAGUCACCUAAGUACGCCGCUUGCCCAAAAAGCUGGAUUGGAUUUGGGAGUAAAUGCUUUUAUUUUUCUGAAGACACAAGAAAUUGGACAUUCAGUCAAGUCUUCUGUGUCUCAUUAGAAGCCAGCCUCGCUCAGUUUGCAACUGUGGAAGAACUGAAUUUCCUGAAAAGAUACAAAGGCCCUUCUGAGCAUUGGAUUGGCCUUAGAAGAGAAUCAUCCGACCGCAUUUGGAGGUGGACAGACAACACAGAACAUAAUAACACGUUUCCUAUCAGAGGAGUUGGAGAAUGUGCCUACCUGAAUGACAAUGGAGUCGGUAGUGCCAGCAUCUACACAGACAGAAAAUGGAUUUGUAGCAAGCCAAACAGUUAUGUCUACAAUUGCCAAAUUAGAAACUCUUUACAGAAUUUCCCUAUGGAUGCAUCAUAACUUGUUGUAUGUAGCUGCCGUGUAUAACAGCUGGAGACACCUGGAUAUGCAGGCAGGAGACUGCUGUGGGGUGGGUCCCUCCUCAAGAACCUCUACGAGGGCAGUGCAGAGACCUCACCGGGGCGCUACCUGGUGGAGCGGUGAAAAGAGAGCCACCAUCCUGUGGCACAGUUUAGUACUUUGUUGAUAUAAAGAAACUUAUUUUUGUCA